AUGCCGUCUAUAGCACACCAACUGCUCGGCAUGUUGUGCUGCUCAAAACAGGUCGGCGGUAAAGUAGCAGACUCGGCACAAAAUCUCGCUGAAGGCGCUGUGGGAGCCAUCGGAAGCGUCGCAACUUCGGUCAAGGAUCACACCGUUCACGGAUUGCAGAAAACAGGCGAGGUUAUUGGUGAGAGUCCAUUAGAAUAUUUUGAUUAG